AUGGAGCGCAUUCCACACGCCGACCGUUUCGCUGAAUUGAUCGGCGCUGCAAACGUCAUGACCACCCCGGAAGACCAGGUUCCAUACCUGAAGGAGUGGCGCGAUCUAUAUCAGGGUGUCACGCCGAUGGUGCUUCGUCCAGGCAACGUCGAAGAGGUCAGUUCAGUCAUGAGAUAUGCUUAUGAACAUGACAUCAAGAUCGUUCCACAGGGCGGCAAUACAGGGCUUGUCGGGGGGCAAAUUCCGCAGGAAACCGGGGAUGAAAUCGUGUUGUCCCUCUCUCGGCUCAACAAGAUCCGCUUUGUCGACUCCGCCGGUUUCACCAUUACGGUAGAGGCAGGAGUAGUCCUGGAGACGCUUCAUGACGAGGCUGAAAAAGCCGGUCGCCUGUUUCCACUUUCACUUGGUUCUCAAGGCUCGUGUCAGAUCGGCGGGAACAUCUCAACCAACGCCGGCGGGACAGCCGUCCUGGCCUAUGGCAACACGCGCGACCUCGUCCUCGGACUGGAAGUUGUCCUGCCAACAGGUGAAAUCUGGGACGGUCUCAGAACGCUUCGCAAGGACAAUACCGGUUAUGAUUUGAAACAAUUAUUUAUCGGCGCAGAGGGUACCCUGGGGAUAAUUACGGCUGCGUCUUUGAAGCUUUUUCCCAAACCCAGGAAACUGGAAGCCGCCUUUGUCGGGUUACCGGAUCCUCAGGCGGCACUCAAACUCUUCACAAUGGCAAAGGCUCAGGCUGGACCGGUUCUAACCGGAUUUGAAAUCAUGCCGCGCGUCGGUUUGGAAUUUUGCCUGAAUCAUCUGGAGGGUGCACGCGAUCCGCUCAAUGGCACCCACGCCUGGUACAUUCUCCUGGAGCUCUCGAGCGGAUCUGAUGCCUUCCCGAUCAGGGAUCUGAUGGAAAGCAUACUCGGCGAAGCCUUCGAGGAAGGUCUGGUGGAAGACGCAGCCUUUGCCCAGAACCUUUCGCAGGUGCAGGACUUCUGGCAUAUCCGCCACGGCAUGUCGGAAGUCCAGAAACCCGAAGGGGGUUCAAUCAAACACGAUGUCUCCGUACCGGUUGCCUGCAUCCCGGAUUUCCUCGACAAGGCAAUGGCCGCAGUCAAGGCUUUCGUGCCGGGUUGCCGGCCCGUGCCCUUUGGACAUAUCGGCGACGGAAACAUCCAUUUCAAUGUCUCCCAGCCCAUCGACGCCGACAAGGACGCCUAUCUUGCGAAAUGGGACGAGAUGAACGCCAUCGUCCACGGCAUCGUGCACGAAUUCGGCGGCAGCAUUUCCGCCGAACAUGGCAUCGGCCGCUUGAAAAGAACCCUGCUGAAGGACGUGAAAUCCAAUGUUGAACUGGACCUGAUGCGCCGGAUCAAGAAAGAUCUGGACCCAAAGAACCUUCUGAACCCCGGGCGCAUUAUCUGA